UAAUAUUUUUCUUCUCUCUUCCUCCUCUGUAAUUAAGAUGAGUUGGGCAAUGUGGUGAAAUAAAGAAAAAUGUCAGGGACGCUCAACAAGCUGCGUCUGUUCGGUGGACCAGAAGUUUCGUCGGACGACUCAUCGGGCAGUCUCACGGAGGUCUUCUACGCGUCAACAUCGGACAAGAGUAGGAGCAGCACGGGAUCCAUUCCAUGGGCUGAAGACGCCAUUAGGCAGAAUCAGCUCGAAUGGGAGCGUAUAGAGAGAAUUUUCUACGGUGAAGAGGAACUCCCGGCGGAUCCAAAGACACGACAGGAGUUCCUCGAAUGGAUGACCGCUUUUCCGCAUUUGCGCGUGUGUGGGAGUCAAGUGCCGCUCUUUUAUGAUCCGGAAAGAGUGCCCGAGGGGGAAGAGGGCUAUGAGGAGAUAUUCGCCAUUGAUCCCGCACCACAGAGAAGACGAAAAUCCUACAUUUCGGAGACACGGAGUGGUCAUGUGAUGCGGAAGGCGAAUCAAAUGACUUUCCCACCAACUUCGGCAAUUGUGCGACUAUCACCCAAAGUGCGGGACAUCCGGAAUGGGGGAAGUGUGACGUACCGUGAAGUGCAGAGAGUGCCACAAAGAAGUCGCCCCAAAUCACCGGAAAAAGCCGUGAAUCUCUCAACGAGGCUGCAUCGUUUGGACAUGAAUAGCACACGGCCUCCACGCAGGGAAACCCUGCUGCAGAGUCGCUCCAGCAAUGCACUCCUCCCUGGGGGGCAUGAUGCAGCAGCAGCAGUGAGUCUCAUUAGGACGGAAGUACCUGUGUACCAUCCCAUGCCGCCCAUCCUCAAUUUGAGACUCAUCUACCGCGAACGAGAGGAGCCACGCACGAAAGCAUCGAGUGUUCUCCUCCCAGCCAUCGAUGUGAAGCACCUUAUGGGGCCCCGGGAACUCGCUACGAGAUCAGCCAUAAAUCGUCGACACAUCGUCCCGGAUCCCUUCUGCAGUCCCAUCCAGAGUGCAUCGCGGAGAUUCAAAGCCAACGCCCCAAUUGAGUAGCAGCUGCACAUCGUUAUCUCUUAGCCCAUCGCAGAGCAGGUCAGAAAUUUUAUUUAAGAUCUUUCUCAUGUAUUUCUUCAGGGACAGGCAAUAUUUUCUUUAUCCCUGAAAUUACCAAAGGAGACCCUUUUUUCUCAUUUAUGUCUAGAAUUUUAUGGUUACAAAAUUACCUUUUGAAGCAAAAAAAAGGGGCUUUGUUAGCAUUUUGAAUGAAAUUCUCAGAAAUUGUGGAAGUUUUUCGUUGCAAAGUUAUUUAUUUUUCGAAUUCCUCUUUCUUCUUUCUUAUCGUGGAGACAGGAAAUUUAUUUUAGAAUUGACGCUGUUCGUACAAGGGCAGAGGUAUUGUUUGAAGAGGACUUGGGGGUCUUUUAUGUGUUUUUUUUUAGCUAAGUAUUUCUUUUAAAAUUCUUUUCAAAAGACCACCCUUGAAGAGCUUAGAAUUUUUUUUCAUGGAAUUCUUUUAUUGUCCUCUUUUCUCCAUCAUUUGCAACAAAAAGGAAGAAGAAAAUCAAAAAUUUUAAACUUAAUUUGAGCCAUGAACUUAAAAUAUUCGUUAAAGAAAUUUAUUUUUAAUUAAUAAAAUAUGAACAGAGAUUCUAAAUUAUUCCAAAUUGAAAGGAAGGUUCGCAUCUGCUCUCGGCGACAGUGGGAGUUACUUAUCUUAAUUUUUCUAUCUAUCGGUAUGAUCAUAUAAUGUCACAUUUAUUGAAGUUCCCCAGUUUCUUCACAUUCUGGGGUGGUUCGGUUAGAGCAAAAACUCUAGCCUAGAGAUAUCUUAAAAUUACCUUCCUUCGGACAUUUAUUACGGGUGGGAGCUUUCAAAUGGAAGGUUGUAUUGGAUCACAACAUGUUCUUUAAUGCGUUUUAAGAAUGAAGGUGUGAUUUUUGUUAAUAAUAAUGAGGUAAAAUCGCGAUCUACUAAAUGUUCGCCUUCUAUUUCGUGUUGUUCGUACAUAUUGUCUGCAUUUAACAAGAAUAAAUCGAAUGACUCUCAUGACUUUGGAGUCCCUCCAUUUUUAUCUUCCAUUCGUCACAUCGGAGAGUUUCUGCGAUGAAGGCUAUCUCUCGUGGAUGUCUAUAAAUGACGAUGGUCAUGUUCCUUGUUGUUGGGGAUGGUGUACGAAUCAUCGUACUUCACCGUAUGUCCCUAUUCCUAACCUACAGAUGUAGGUACAUAUGUGGCAAUUCUUUGUUCCCCGUAGGGGUUAAAUUCAUGUUGAAAUUGCCUUAGGGCCAAUGUCAAACAGGACUGCUGAACAGAACUGUAGGCAUUUGUAGGAGCCUUUCAUCACUUCGAACCAUGAUUUGGCUACUCCUUUAAUUCGUAAAAAUUUAAUGUUUUUAUAUAAAUAUUAAUUAUUUUAUUAUAUUUUUGAUUAUGCUUAUUCAUAUAGAAAUUUUUGAGUUAUUGAGAAAAUUAUAUUCUAUAUGGCAAAAAAAUAGAAGUGUUGUGGUCUUUUUUGGGAGUGUAUCCACAACGGGUCCUGUGCGCUCUGGAUGAUGGACGCUGGAAGCGGGCCUAGGGUCGAGUCGCUGAAUACACUUGGGUUUUACUUUUCACUUCCAACGUUUAUUUAUUGAUAUUGGUUACAUAAAUUUCACAAGUCCCAACUUGGACUACCUGACUCAAAAACGUCCCAAUAUGGACUUUCCGAAUUAACUGAUCGACUGGCCAAGAUUGAGGGCGUCUGCCCCUUUUUGUUAAUUUGUUCACCCUCUCUCUUGUCUCCCGUCUCAACACUCUAUCUGAUGAAAUUCUAGGAAAAAGGGAGCGUCUCUACUCUCGAGAUGACGCAAUUCCAAGAAAAGGGAGUUUUUCCUUGCGAGAGAUGCGAGGUGGCUUUUACCCAUUGGUUAGCCCCAACGCAUCUACCCCCGCUAUCGUGGUGCGAUCGCCAAACAUUAGAUCGCACCUUCCCGGAAUUUUAUCCCUUCCGAUAGCAGCAUCAUGCAUGCUGCUACCUUCCCACAGGUAGUGUUUUAGGUGAGUGUGUUUGUUCACACUCACUCCCCUUUCCCCUGUAAACAAGAGCUUUGACCUCGAAGCUCUUUUUUUCUAUUCUUUAUGAGUUAUAAUUUAUAAUUGUAGGAAUUGAGACGUUAUUGUAUAAAAAAAAAUCUUCCGGGUGAACAAAUUUUACAUUAAACUUUCUUGGCUGAAUAUUAUAUGAAUAUUUGCACAUAUUUGUUCGUGUAUAAAAAGAUUAUAUAAAAAAAAAAUAUUUAUAUAUAUAUUUUUUUAUUAUUUGUUGGAUACGAAAAGAAAAAAAAAUAUUUUUUUUUGUUUCUUAAUUAAUAUUAUUUUAUAUUAAAAUAAAAAUUAUCGUAUUGAAGGAGAAAAAAAAUAUGUAAUAUGAAAUAAAAUUUUGACUUAAUUUAAUUUUUUUUUCUUAAUUAAUAUUACUUUAUUAAAAUAAAAAUUAUCAUAUUGAAGGAGAAGAAAAAAAAAUUAUGUUAUAUAAAAUAUAGUUUUGACUUAAUUAAAUUUUUUUAAAAAUGUAUUUAUAUAUAUUUUUUAUUUACUUAUAUUGCUAUGAUGGUGGUUCAGAAGAUUUAGCUGGCUUUGCAGGGUUCGGAGGUAUCUGCCUAUGCGCAGAUUGUCUUGUUGAUGGAGCACCUUAUCCCGCCAGUGCUCGUAGUCCUUUUUAGUUUUGACUGCGAAUCCGAGUGUGCGGAUGACUUUCUCCAAGGUCCGCGAUGUAGUUGCAAAAUAGUACUGCUGGUCCUUUUCACCGAUCACUUGAUCUCUCUAUUUAUUUCUGCUUACUUGUAAGAGUGUUAUAAAUUUUUUUUUGUAUUUUCUCAAGGAAUCUUGGGCUUCUUUACGCUUUCGAAUCUCGAAACUGACUGAGGCGAGUCCUGCAAUAUCCUUAUUUUAUGUUUUACAUUCAACAUAUCCUAAGAGAUAAGGAGGGCGGAGAAGUUAUCUUCCCUUCUCCUUUCAUUUUUCUUUUACUUCUUUCUCACUCAUUUCGUUUGGCAAAUGACACGUUAUCUGGCAGAGGCGUAGUGGCUGAGGUUGGGCGCCAUGUCUAUAUGGUUGUCGACCAACCGGUGGUGGGAGGAUCUUGCUCUAAUUGUCUAUUUUCUUCGUUUUCAAGUUGUUCUAUGAGUUCGUCUAAUAUAUCCGCUAGUGGUUGGAAAUUAGGAUUUUCUAAACUUAUGGGUUGUGGAAUGUCCAUAUGUAUGUUAUGUCUGAGCAUAUUAUUGACGUAAAGUAUCGCGAAGUUAUCAUGUAAGGUGUUUAGUUGGGGGUUUGUUUGUAUUUCUAUUGAAGGAGUCUCAAUGGAUGGGUGUGGGGUUGGUGGUCUACUUGUUAAUGUUAAAUGUUCAACAGUUACAUUUCGAGGGAUCGGUCGCGUGAAUGCUUGACUUGGGGAAUUUAUAUAUGGUGGUGGAAGAUCUCUAAUAGGUGUGAGGAUUGUUUCUGUUGCUUCUCUAUAAAUGGGUGGAGGUAUAUCUACUCCUCUAUCAGUUUCUGGGGAUGGGGGUGUUCUAGGAACAUAUGAUACUGAAUAAUGGCCAUGUCUCCCUUGGUUAUUAUAUUUUAAGUAUGACAAUGUUGCUGCACCGACUAGGAUAAACCCCACGAUGAAGGGUAUUGCAAUCGCAUAUUUAAUUGUAAUGGUGAUUCCAUCGAGUCUUAGGGGUUCAAAUAACUUAUUCUUCUUAUUUGCUUGUUGCAUUAUAUUCAAAAGGUGAUGAGCAUCUUUAGUCGAUAUAAUGGGUGUAUUUACCGUUUCGUAUGUGGAAAAAUUAAGUGUUUGAAGAUUAUAUUUACGACUUUCUGUCGUCUGCAUCCUCGAAGAUGAAGCCUCGAAUCGAAUUGAGCGAUUCAGUCUGGAGGCUCUCAGGAAUAUCGUAUCCGAGGAGGUUGCGGGUUGCCACCGCAUCUGGUGGACUUAGAGCCGCUGGCAAUGGGUUCCAUGGGUCGAAGUUUCCAUUCCUCUCAUUGGCAGUGAUGGUGUGCUCAACUAGGCGCCGGGUCACAUACGGUGAGAUAUAGCACUCGUAUGAAUUAUGGGUGCCCUCGUCACAAAUGCCAAACGUACCAGACGGAAUGUCAUCGUCGGUAGAGUGCUGCGGUGUUCCGCCAGCAGGGAGGUUGAAAUUAAUGACCUUUCCAUUGGCCAUUGUCGUACGCGUAAUUGCUGACAAAUAGUCAACAAUGGGAGUGGGUAUGGUUUUGCUCUUAAUAUCGAGAAACUCAAAUGGUCUCUCCUCACUCCUGAACCUGCCUUCGGCGUUUUGGCUCAUAACGCGUUCAAUCGCUACUCCGUUGAGUAGCUCAACACAAUAGUGUUGAAAAGCACAGUAUGGCAGCGAUCUACGGAUGCGGACAUCAGUGUCCGUCAUCACAUCGUAGAGGGCGUGCAUCAGGAUAAGGUAUCCUGAAAAGUCAUAACUAUGACUCUGUGCCUCUACCACGACUCUGCUUCCAGUCAGGCGCCCCUCAAAUAGUGGAGACGGUUCAAUGGCCGUAGCCACUGAAUCUGGUGCAGGGGUGGGUCUCUGCGCUGGUGCGGUGUUCCGUCUUCCAGGGCGAGGUCGUCCUCUACCUCGUUGAGGGAGGGCAUUCUCCCUUGGGGGGAGAGGAGGCAUAGCUUCUAAGAUGGAUCGGCCGCGGUGUUCCGCUUCAACCAUAUCGCUCCAUCUUCCAGAACGAUCCGCCUGCUGAUUAUUAAAUUCAGCCAUUCUGCGGGCGUUACGCUGUUGCCUAUAAUCGCGCUGCAUAUUUGCAAAUAGGCGGUGUUCCAAAAUUGUGGACUCACUACGCUCCUUUUUGCGUCUCCCUCCAGAUAUGAGAGGAGAUAUGUUAGCUUUUCUGUUUCAUGGAGUGCACAAUCUUUAUCAAAAAUGUGCAUAAAUACCUCAUAGAAUGCUUUCCACUCCUUUGGAUUUCCAUUGAACUUGUUAAUUUUGAUUGGCGGCAAUCGUGGUCUUUGGGUUUUGGCUGCCGCGCCCUAUACUCUUCAAUGGUUAGCGGUCUCGGCCCUGACUCUGGAUUCCUCUCCAAGAACUCCUCUAAAGGCAGUUCCGGGGUUGGCGGCGCUCUCGGUGGCGGCGGCGGAGGGGAGUUUGGACGAAAGAGCGUACAAAUCUGUACAUUAUACUUUUCCGGAGUGACCGUUCCUCUCCAGGUUAUGCAUCCGUUGAUAACCUAAUGCUCUUACUAGUUGUAGGUGUGUUAGUAUCGUGCCUAACAGUUUUGUUAGGUUAUUAAAUAUAUUAUUUGUGUAGUAUUGCCGGUAUUUCACGGCAAUCUUACCUAAUUUUUUCUCAACAGUAUUGUUGGGAGAGUAACAUACGUGCCCGAAUUCGCAGGCACGUGUCUAUCUUCUUCGAUGGUCAAUCGUCAAGUCUGUUUUUUCCUAACUGUGUAGUUAGGAAAAGGUAUUAUAUUAUACGUUUAUUUUUGUCUCGUUUGAGAAAAAAAAAGUAUUCUGUUUUUCAAAUCGGUGGGAAUAUUAAAUUUUUCACCUUAGAAAGUUGAUUUCGGUGGCUUUUACACAGAAGUCUGUCUUUUGUGAAUCCAUCUGAGCUGAGAGAGAUUUAUCUUGGUCGGGAUUGAACUCAGGAAACAUCGAUUCUACUUCACGUUUCCCGAUUGUAAUCCCCAUUGAAGGCAUAGUGGAGUAUUCUCUUGUUUCUAGAAAUCCCCUCAAUAGCUAACGCAUCAUACUUUGCUAUAUACUACAUUACAAUUAUCCUUGAGAAAGCUACAGCAACUUAUUAAAAAAUUCGGUAAAAAUUUUAAAACUUCUCUUGUGGCAGAAUCUAGUGUAGCGUAUUCGUAUUGAAACAGUGUUGAUUGAUCUGCAGUUCGAAUGUGACUGAAGUGACUUCGGAUUUAUUCAAUAAAAGCAUAUAAUGCAUUUACAUUAUGCUAUGCAUAAGGAAUAACAUUAUGCAUAUGCUACACUAGAUUUCCACAAAUCUAGAUGGAGAUUUUUUGAAUUUUACUUCAUGGCCAAAUUACUUCCAAAGAAAACUUUUAACGAAAAACUUCACAAAAAAAGAAUUUCAAUAAAUGUAUCGUCGUUUAUUUUAAUUUUUUAAAAACAAAUUCUCAAAAAAUAUACAUAGAGUGUAUACAUGUCAAAGUAAUAAAAUAAGCACAAAAUGAGAUCUUAUGUAAUUUAAGAAUGUCUAUGUCAUAAGAAUGUAAAGAAAUGUAAAGAAAUAGAAGAAAAUAAAAAGAAUUAAAAAUCACAUUCUCACUUAAAUUGUAAUGUAAAAAAAAGGAGUUUACUCAUUUUUAAUAGGGAGAACCACUCAUUUAAUUAUAAGAAUAAAAAUUCUUUGAUACUCCAAUAGUGUGUUUAUUCGUCCAAGAUCAGGAUACAACUGAGCCAAUCGGUUCCUUAAGCUCUGUAAGGAACACGUUCAAGCACAUUUCCCUAUAUAGGGAACAACAACACUUUCAAAAAACGUCCAUUAAAGGUAACAUUCUAUCCGACUGCUUACUCUUGAAAUCAUAUUCAGGAGGCAGAUCUACCAAACUACUUUCAACGCGCGGAUCUUUUGGCGCUGUUAGAGGCAGUAUAUCUCUAGCCAUUAUACCAUACAAUGAUUUAAAACGCCCUAUAUAGGGUAGAUUUUGAGUUGCGAAUAUGCGUGUUAUUUUCGUGAAUAUUAACUUGGUUUUGAAGGAGGGAACGGAUCUCCAUGACACGACUAUAGAAGCUUUCGAUCGUGUCUACUUACCGAAGAGCAAGGAGAUCCUUAAUUAAGGAAGUCUCGUUACGCUUGUCACUGUAGUGACUAAUCAGGUUGUUUUUUAUAGAGUUCCACUCAAGGGUAGUUCCGUAAGUAUCCAAUACCUCAUUGGUGUCAUCGACAAUUUUGUUCCGGAUGGCUCAAAGCCAGAGCCGGUGUAGCGGCGUAUUGUCUGCCGGUGUUAUUAUAGAAAGGGUUUCCUUUACGUUAUUUAUAAAGUCGAAUAAGAGAUGGAGGUUGCCAUUAAAGGUUGGAAGACCUUUUGUUCUCAGAAGAACAUAAAGAAAGAGAGUGGAACUGACAAGAUUGAAUAGUUUACUUCAUUGCACUUUUAGUUUAUUUCUAUGAUAAACUUUCUUUAACAGUUUUAUUGAUUAGUUAAUUAUUUGACUUAUCCAGGAUGGCUGGGUGAGCGGCCAAGCACUGGAUAAGGUUAUACUCACAGAUGAGAGUUAGGGAUUCACUUCACUGCUCUCUACAAACUAUUUUUUCUUUUUCAAAGUGUGAUAUUCAUUCACACGGUGGGUCCGGAUAAUUCACUGUGAUAUUCACUCACAGUCCCACUGCGAUAUUCGCUCACAGUGGGGAGUUGGCCUGAGUUUUUGUGGCACUUGCACAAUUUAGACACUACACACUUUUUUGCAGAACCUCCACAAUAUCUCCGAUCGAUUUGUAUCGAUCACUUAGAGCACUUUUUGGAUAGUUACCAAUGUAUCCAUACAAUACAAUAUACAUAACCAAUUAAUGUUUUGAAGUUGGUCCCCGGGUAGUAAGUCGCGUUCUUAGAUGAAUGACUCCCUGCUAAGCAACUAAUGGUAUGCAAAUACGUAUGGAGAUGAGGUACUUGGCCUAUAGCAUAUGGGGACUUUCUCGAAAGACAGAGGCACGCGAAGUAUGGGUAAACAGACCCAUAUUCUGCGAAGAAGUCUGUCUCUUUACCAAAAAUGUUGUAUUCCUUCAUCACCUGUAGAUCCCAAAUCCACUUGUAAAUCUGAGCAGGGGGCAUCGACAGGGUUCCUAUUACGUGUUCAAAUGCAUUGAAGACUGUACACUCAGCCAUUCGAGAUGAAACGGUUCCGAAUCUCAAGGAUGCAUAUUGAUGUUUGUUAAACAACUGGAAGAACCAGUCAUAUCCGGCCACCAACUUUGUAAAAUUGUUAGAUGUCUCCCAUGUAUUGUAUCGUUCUGGGGUUCCAGUGCCUCUCCAUGAGGCUCCCUCAGUAAGUGCAUUCAACAUGGACUUUGCUGUUUUCCAAAGUGUGAGUCUAUAGCCGAGAUUCUUUGACUUGUGCAGUCUUUAAACACAAAGAACUCGGAAAGCCAAGGCAGGCAAUUCUGUCACGUUAGUUGGAGGUACCGGCUCUGCCUCCUCAGCCAGGUAAUCUGUCCUUACUGUCUUAAAGAGAAUAUUCGGAGACACAACAGUUCCGGCAGACAACCACUGCUUCCCGAAACAAUAAACUGGUUUCUCCAACCUCUCCGUGAUUGUCAAACCGAAUAAGUAUAGAAAUUGAACUGCAUCCCGUACCUGGAGUGAGUCAGUACUCAAACCAUACGCAACAACUCUCAUCAUUUUGUUAAUAUCGGUAUCAGUGUAGAGAAUUUAAACUCCGCUUAUUGACUUUCAACUCCAAACUGAUUUUAAUAUAUAUUUUUGCCUUAUUUAUAGGUACAAUUUAUUGUUUGUGUUCUAAUUUCGGUUAAGGUGAUUGGGGGAAUUGGGAGCAUUCCGCGAUUUCGCCACACCUCCUUCCUUAGGAGGACGCACGUCCUCGUGCGUUAGAGCUUUAUUGAUGAGGAGGCGUGGGAAUUACAUAAGGUUUCGAUAACCCCCAAUUCCUUUCAUUUAAAAAUUAAUAAUUCUUUCAAUCAAAAUAUAAUGAACAUUUUAAUUUUUUUUCUCUUCAAAAUUUCUUUUUCAAAAGUACCUAAAUUCCUUGUUUUAGUUUAUAGAGUUGAACAUCUUUAUUGAGUUUCCGACUGCAUUGCAUUUUUCAGUAAUUAUUUUCUUAUACGCAAAAUUAUUGCUUAUGGAGCAUUUAAUUUUUGAGGGUCAAUACCGAAUAAAAUGACUUGCUCGUAUUUAAUAUAUAAGUGUCAAUGUAACGUAUUCGCUGCCUUGGCUGGAAUUUGCCAUCAGCGCAAGGGGGAAUAAAGGUUUACAUGAUUUUUUUUCCGCGGGGGGAAAUGUUUAAAAUAUUAUGCACAAUGCAUGGUGAUCGAGCGUUUUUCGGUAUUGCCCUAUUUAAGUUAUAUGGCUCAACAAUAAUUGGGGCGAUAUGUUAUUUUGCAUUUUGUUGGCAAAAUAAUAAGAAUUGGGUUAGGCAAUGCAUCGGUUUAAGAAUAAAGAUUUUAAUUGAAAUGUUCAAAAUGUGAGAUGGGCAGGUACUUUUUAGGAAUAAGAAAUUUUGAAAUACAUAAUUUUAUAUAAUAUUUUCAUUAUGAUUUGGAACACAAUUAGAAUUAAUUAUUUUAAUUUAGCAGAAUUUAAUGCUUCAAAUAUUUUUAAAUUGUUAAACUUGGGUCAUUUUUCAUGAAGAGUUUCUACUUUAAAUUUUGAAAUAAUUUGAUUUUAAUUUAAAGAAAUGUGUUUGUACUUAAAUUUUGGUGAGCUUGGAGCGGUCGCUUGAAGCGAUGUAUGGCUGCGGUGAUCGUUGAUUGACAUGAUGAUGCGUCGUCUGCGAUGAUAGUUGGAUGCUGCGAUGACUGAUGUAAUGUUGACGAAGAAGUUGACCCGUUGAUCUCGAUGGUCAUCGCUGUGUUGGCUGCAUCGACGACUAGGGCAUCUCAUGGAAGCAACUGGGAUGCUGCGGUGGCGAUUGUGUAGUGUCUGGUGAAGGCUGAUGUGGAGGAUGUUGCUCAGGAUGCGACUGCAACUGCUGCUAUGAGUCGAAGCGCUGGCGCUGGCACAUCUUCCUGAUGUGCAGGAUGCGGCUGCAACUUCUGGAGAGUUGGAGAGCUGGCGCUGGCACAUCCUCACUUAACACUUCACAUUUUCACUCACUUUCUGUCCACCGACAGCAACCAGUUCUUCCUGGUCACGUGUAGUAAAUUUAAACACCACUUCUUGAGUUCCCUCAGCAGUUACUUCAGCAACUUCUUCUUUCUUCGCAUAUUUGUCAAUCAAGUCUUUGACAGCGGCCUCAUGUCGGACCAUUCGAGCCCAUCCUCCGUACGAUCCAAUGUAACUAUCCCCUGUCAUCUUGAUGAUGAGCUCUUUCGCGACAAAUCCGAAGCUCUUAUAGUUCGUUGAUCUAACAGGUCCCAAGUCUCGCUUAUAUCCAUAAUAUGGGUUAUUGUUCAUGGUGUUGAACGCCUGUACGAGAUUCGAAAACUCUAUUGGAUAGAAUGCCGCAAUCUGAUCCCAAUCAAAAUCUGAAUAUUCCACCAUGGCUCUUCUGAUAGUGCAUAUUGUUGUCAAUCCAGAGAAUGUAGUCUGGUUCAGGAUCGUCAUCAUCCUAAUGCAGGUCGGGGGAAUGUAACUCUUCAGCUUGGUGAAAAACUCCUUGGCGGUCUCAUCUGUAAUGUAAAUACCGAAAGUAUUGUAGAAAAUACGGAUGACAUCAACAUUCAGAUUCAGGGUGAUUCCAAUCUCUGAUGAAAGUGCCUGUAUAGUUUUGUUCAAACUGUUAGACGAAAUUGAACCCCUCUUGCCAUAAGCUAGAAUCAUGUUUACUGCCGCAAUCGUUGCAGUAAAAGUCACAUUAUAUCCUUUCUCUGCAUACCAGUCUCUCAUUUUGAUGGCAUGGUCAAUCGUUGUGAUCUCCUGAAUAUCGGGAUGAGCUCUCUUGAAAUCUCAAGGGUAGUUCCGUAAGUAUCCAAUACCUCAUUGGUGUCAUCGACAAUUUUGUUCCGGAUGGCUCAAAGCCAGAGCCGGUGUAGCGGCGUAUUGUCUGCCGGUGUUAUUAUAGAAAGGGUUUCCUUUACGUUAUUUAUAAAGUCGAAUAAGAGAUGGAGGUUGCCAUUAAAGGUUGGAAGACCUUUUGUUCUCAGAAGAACAUAAAGAAAGAGAGUGGAACUGACAAGAUUGAAUAGUUUACUUCAUUGCACUUUUAGUUUAUUUCUAUGAUAAACUUUCUUUAACAGUUUUAUUGAUUAGUUAAUUAUUUGACUUAUCCAGGAUGGCUGGGUGAGCGGCCAAGCACUGGAUAAGGUUAUACUCACAGAUGAGAGUUAGGGAUUCACUUCACUGCUCUCUACAAACUAUUUUUUCUUUUUCAAAGUGUGAUAUUCAUUCACACGGUGAGUCCGUAUAAUUCACUGUGAUAUUCGCUCACAGUGGGGAGUUGGCCUGAGUUUUUGUGGCACUUGCACAAUUUAGACACUACACACUAUUUUGCAGAACCUCCACAAUAUGCACUUGUGAGGUUACUGAUGAUGGAGUAUCCUACCGACUGCGCCAAUUAUAAGAAUUUUCAUUUCUUAUAAUUAUUUGAGGAAAUAAUUGAAACACACGUAAUAUUGCAGAAGAUCAAAAAAUAAUAAUAAAAUCAUUUUUCUGAAAAGAAUAAAGUACAAAACAUACAUAAAGAGAAAAAAAUCCUCUAGCAAAAUGAAAGGAGAUUGUGCACAAUCAGAGAAGAUUAAUAAAAAACUGUGAUUAGCUCCAAAAAAAAUAUCAGUUUUUAUUAAUUUAACAAUAAGUUUAACAUUAACAACAUGUCUUUUUUUUCCUUUCUUUACGAUCUUAAUGUAGUUUUUUUAGCAGUUUUUUUUCAUGAAGUUUCUUACAAAAAAAUGAGCAAAUAAGUGCGAAUAUUUUUUCUUUGCUCAAUGAAUUGUUGAUUUUUUUUUCAUCAAAUUUCACUCACACGAUGCCUUACAAUAAAUGUGCGAUUUCUCAUUUUGUUUAGUUUUUUUAAGAGAUUUUUAUUCUUUAAAAAAAAUGUAUUAAUGAGAGGAGGAUUGAAAUGGUGAAGAGGUGUUUUUCUUUUGCAUUCAUAUCUGGACGUUGUAAAUGAGAUUUCUUUGAAAAGGGAAUAAAUGUUGUACAAUUUAGAGAAAAUAAAGAAUUGAAAAAAUGGAUCUAAAUGUAAAAUGAAAGAUUUAUAAAUAAAUGAAAUUGAUUGAAAAAUUAA